AUGGCUGAUAGGACGUUUGUGUAUGAAGCCACUCCAAUAAAGAGACUCAAUCUCGAAGAGCAAAGCCCCAGUGGGAAGCAUGGAGCCGUACAAAGGCAAAGGUCGAGAAGCGAGGGAGACACCGAAGUCUUGGGGCCAAGGUUUGCUGCUAACCAAACGGUUAGGCUUCCGAGACCCUCCCUUGGGGAGCGCAGCGGAAGGAGGGAGCUUCCUGAGGUAACCCGUUUCCUAACCCGGUCCUGGGAGGCCAUUCUGGAGUCUGACAGGGAGAACAAGGAGGGUUUGAAAAGGAUCUCUGGGGUUGUUAAGCCACGAACUCUGAGGCGACGAUCUCGAAGCUUGGGUGACGCAGAUGGAGCCAGUCUUGCCAACAGAUGGGGUUCGCUGCUUGGGGGGGCUCCCAGCAGUGCCAAGAGGACCCCCCGGGGAAGGUCUCUUAGCGAGGCAGACUCGCCUGUGCUGAAAAGGAACCAGACGUUUCCGUCGUUUUUUGGGCGGGGGGACGAGUCCAGUAGCAGGGGAAGGCGGCACUCGACCGGGGAAUGGAAACCGGGGUCGGAAGGGGAGGGUUUGGUUCAGGGGGGUGCGGAUCUGGGAGGAAAACCAGGGAGUGCUCGGUUGACUUCUUUGAAGCUCGCGGCGUUUGAUGACGUCCUUCCCCAAAGUGAGAGCAGUGAGGAGAAUGAGCCCGGAAAGGCGCGGCGAGCCUUGGCAAAGGCUGGAGCCUACUUGAAGGACGCGGCUACUGUGACGGUCUCCGCCGGUGUCUGGUCAUGCGGCGACCAGUUGCUCCAGCACCUAGUGUUCCACGGAACCGGGCGCUCGGUCAGGCAGCAAAUGCAGUUACUAAUGGCGGGAAAGGUUGGGGGAAGGGUUAGCGUCCAAACCCGGGUGCCCCUCGCGAUCGGCCGGGACAUGCUCGCCAACGCCUUCUCAAUUGCCACGUUCGACUUUCUGUCCUCGCGCGGUGCCCCCCAGAUGGUGGCCAGCACGGCGGGCACUUUCUCCGCGAGCGCAGUCACGGUCCCCGCCUGGCACCUCUCCUACCUCCUCCAGACCGGCGCGGCUUCGACUCCGCGGCAGGCCUGGGACCUGUUCAUCGAGUCACAGGGCAUCGAGGGACUCUUCUCGGGCCUGGUUCCAACCGUCGUCAGAAGCAUCCCGACGAGCUUCGUGAUGAGCGGCACGCACGCUGCCCUCAAGCGGCUCCUCGCGAAAGCCAAGAAGAGCGACCAGACGAACCUGCUCGACGUCUUCCUGCUCGGCGCCGCGGCCGGCUUCGCGUCCUCCGUGACGUCACUCUCGAUCGACGCCGUCAGCAAGUCGGUGCCGACGCUCAUCCUCAAGCGCGCGCCCGCGAGCGUGGUCGCGCUUGCGCUCGAGCGCGCGGCUCGCCACGUGGCGGCCCAAACCCUGUCCAAGGGGAUUCUGGUGGGAAUCGGCACCACCGGGCUGUCGUACGUCGUGGAUGACGUCACGGGGAAGCUGCUGCAGAAACUAGAGGAGCGGGUAGUCAGCCCGCCACGUGGGCGCAUCUCCACCGACCUCAAGUCGUUGGCGGUACAGAGGGCGCUGGACCACUCUGCGGGCGCCACGUGGCAGCAUCACGACGGCCAGGACGGUGGCCAUGGCCACGCGGACGCACGAAGUCCGUUCCAGAUGCCGGACGUUGACGUCAUGGGCGGUCAUCAUAUGCAUAGGGACUUCGCGGAGGCCCAUAGUUUGGCGAGGCCCAUAGCCGUAGCGGCUUAA